GCGCGGAAGGCGGCGGGUGGGUGGGCUGCCAGCGGUGGACUCGCGUCGGAGCCACGGGCGGUCAGCAGGAAAUUGGCACUGGGGCAUGAAUAUUAAGCUGUGCAGCUCUAGGUUGUGUUAGCAGGAACCCUUGCAGGAAGAGCAAUGGCCGCGGCCGCCGCAGCUUCUCACCUGAACCUGGAUGCCCUCCGGGAAGUGCUAGAAUGCCCCAUCUGUAUGGAAUCCUUCACUGAAGAACAACUGCGGCCCAAGCUGCUGCACUGUGGCCAUACCAUCUGCCGCCAGUGUCUGGAGAAGCUUCUGGCCAGUAGCAUCAAUGGCGUCCGCUGUCCCUUUUGCAGCAAGAUUACUCGCAUUACCAGCCUGACCCAGCUGACAGACAACCUAACGGUGCUGAAGAUCAUCGACACAGCUGGGCUCAGUGAGGCCGUCGGGCUACUUAUGUGUCGAGCCUGUGGCCGCAGGCUGCCUCGGCAGUUCUGCCGAAGCUGUGGUUUAGUGUUAUGUGAACCCUGCCGGGAGGCAGAGCACCAACCUCCAGGCCACUGUACACUCCCUGUCAAGGAAGCAGCUGAGGAACGGAGGAGGGACUUUGGGGAGAAGUUGACUCGCCUGAGGGAACUUACUGGAGAGCUGCAGAGGCGGAAAGUAGCCUUAGAGGGUGUCUCCAGGGACCUUCAGGCAAGGUAUAAGGCUGUUCUACAAGAGUAUGGCCACGAAGAGCACAGGGUCCAGGAAGAGCUAGCCCGCUCUCGGAAGUUCUUCACAGGCUCUUUGGCUGAGGUUGAGAAGGCCAAUAGUCAGGUGGUAGAGGAGCAGAGCUACCUACUCAACAUUGCAGAGGUGCAGGCCGUGUCACGCUGUGACUACUUCCUAGCCAAGAUCAAGCAGGCAGAUGUAGCACUUCUGGAGGAGACAGCAGAUGAGGAGGAGCCAGAGUUCACUGCCAGCCUGCCUCGGGAGCUCACCCUGCAAGAUGUGGAGCUCCUUAAAGUGGGGCACGUUGGUCCUCUGCAAAUAGGACAGGCUGUUAAAAAACCCCGGACAGUUAGCAUGGAAGAUUCCUGGGAAAUGGAGGAGGCAGGGGCAUCUGCUGCUUCCGUCUCUGUUACCUUUAAAGAGAUGGACAUGAGCCCUGGGGAAGUAGUUGCUAGCCCUAGGGCUUCACCUGCGAAACAGCGGGGUUCUGAGGCAUCUUCCGGUAUCCAGCAGUGUCUCUUUCUCAAGAAGAUGGGGGCGAAAGGCAGCACUCCAGGCAUGUUCAAUCUUCCAGUCAGCCUCUAUGUGACCAGUCAGAGUGAGGUGCUGGUUGCUGACCGGGGCAACUAUCGUAUCCAAGUGUUUAACCGCAAAGGCUUUUUGAAGGAGAUCCGCCGCAGCCCCAGUGGCAUUGAUAGCUUUGUGCUAAGCUUCCUCGGAGCCGAUUUGCCCAAUCUCACUCCUCUUUCAGUGGCCAUGAACUGCCAUGGGCUGAUUGGUGUGACUGACAGCUAUGACAACUCCCUUAAAGUCUACACCUUGGAUGGCCACUGUGUGGCUUGUCACAGGAGCCAGCUGAGCAAGCCGUGGGGCGUCACAGCCCUACCAUCUGGCCAGUUUGUGGUGACGGAUGUGGAAGGCGGAAAGCUUUGGUGUUUCACUGUAGACCGAGGAGCAGGAGUAGUCAAAUACAGCUGCCUCUGCAGUGCUGUGAGGCCCAAAUUCGUCACCUGUGAUGCUGAAGGCACAGUCUACUUCACCCAAGGCUUGGGUCUCAAUGUGGAAAACCGACAGAAUGAACACCACCUGGAGGGUGGCUUCUCCAUCGGCUCUGUGGGCCCCGACGGGCAGCUUGGCCGGCAGAUCAGCCACUUCUUCUCUGAGAAUGAGGAUUUCCGCUGCAUUGCUGGCAUGUGUGUGGAUGCGCGGGGUGACCUCAUUGUGGCCGACAGCAGCCGCAAGGAGAUUCUCCAUUUUCCCAAGGGCGGCGGCUACAGUGUCCUUAUUCGAGAGGGUCUUACCUGUCCAGUGGGCAUCGCCCUCACACCCAAGGGGCAGCUGCUGGUCUUGGACUGCUGGGAUCACUGCGUCAAGAUCUACAGCUACCAUCUGAGAAGAUAUUCUACCCCUUAAGAAAUGAGAAAUACCAGUCUCGUCUUUCCCCAACCCAGUUUCCUUCCCUUUUCUUCCUUGGUUGUUGAUGGUACUGUAGAGUAGAUGUGGCCUAUGCCCCGAUUCUAGUAGGAUUGCUCUAAAAUCGUAGAAGCUCUAGUUUUCAGUGCUUUUUCUUUGUUGUUCCUUUCUUCCCACUCCCCUCCCCCUCUUUCCUAAAUUUAGAGCAUUAACAGGUACUAUAUCCCAAGUAGAUGAUGCUCGUACUAGAAGUUGCUUAGAAGUUAGGCACUUCCAAGGCUUCAGUAGAGAUAUCCACGUAUCCCUUUGCCCUUGUGUUUGAAAUUUGUAUUGCUAUUGAAUAGUCAUUGAUUUUUCUCCCUUGGACCCUGAGGUUCCUAGUCUGUUGUUACCUUCCUGUUAUGAUGUGCUUCAUCUGUGAUACGUUAACUCUGGCUGCAUUCUGUGUGCAUGCUCCAGUGGAUCUGCUCUGCCCUUCAGUGAUAUUUUGUGUCUGUAGCAUGGUGUCUCUUUUGAUCACAUUUACCAGUGUGAAAGUGUAUCAUUAAGUGCCAGGAAAGGUGACACAAAGACCCUUUGGGAAGCAGGACCUCUUGGCUGGAUGAUUUCUGCCACCAUGGAGUGUCUUCUAAUAGCACAUGUGCCAGAGGACCGUGUGACCCUAGUUAGAUAGUGUUGAAAUUUUCAGUCUAGAAAUCGCUUGCCUUUUAAAGGAGUUCAUAGGUUAGAAUUAUGCCAUAACCAAGGCAGCUGAGAACAUAUCUAGCAAACUUGGGAUAUUUCCUAGGACUCAAAACGUUUCAUACUCUUUCCACUGACCUGUGCUAAGAGUUACUGGAAGAACUGUAUGAUGGGAACUUUGACCAACAAUGUGAGAAGGUCGACACAUCCAGUUUUAUUACUUAAGAAUAAACCAUUGGGUAGCUAACUCUGUAUUUUCUUCAAGUGAGUGCAUACUAUUUGACUGUGAGAUGUAUUUCUGUUCUAUGAAGCAUUAAACUUAUUGAUAACUUUCUUCA